GAGUAUGGCCGUCUGGCUCUCGCGGAUUUAAGGCGGGGAUCCACUUCGUUUAUUUGAAAACAAUUGCUCCUUUUUCUCUUUCCAGGGGACACCGUUCCCUUCCCGGAUCUCGACUAUAUAUAGGCAAAAUAAAAGUCCCUGAACACCAUGAGGCGUCACUUGUUGUUGUGGCCCUAUAAACUCUCAACACGAACAGGACAAGAUCAACUCUCAAGUGACGACAAAGUUCUUGGAGGAUCUAAAAUACUCUUACUUCAAGAGAAUCAACAGAUACAUCUACAUAUUCCACUUAGGCAAUAGGAAGCAGUGUGUGGUUGUUACAGUGGUGAUCAUCUUGGGAGAGAUGAGUUACUAUGAGUCUGUUACUGGAUUACUCUGGCAAGAAUCUCACCAAGACGGAGAUAGAGGCAACUGUGGCAGCUGGUGUGAUCAAGAACUUUGACCCGAACACCUUGCAGUAUUACUGUGUGGUGUGUUCCCGGAAUGGCUGCGGCGACAUCCUUCCUCACCUCCUCAGCAAGGAACACAGAAACAGCCUAAUCUGGGAAGCCGUCAGACAGUCCCCACCAUCGCCCGCUGUCCUACAGCUAGUGCCAGAGGUAGUUCGUAAUGCCAAGCUUAGAAACGAGGUGGGGGCUGUGGACAAGAACCAUUUUUCAUAUAGAUGUCAAAUUUGUGUUGUGAAGAAGCCUUUCAAUGGGGUGGCUCCUCUUGAAGCUCACCUCAAUGGCAAAGAACACGAGAAGUCUAAGAGAAACAUGCAGUUUACAUCCAUGCCACAUCAAACUCCCUUUCUCCCAGAAGAGAAUUCAGUACCCAACAGUAAGAUACAAAAACAGAGCCCACCACCACCACCUUCACCACAUUCGUCCCUGUCCAGCACACAGCCAGGUCAAGUUCAGAUAACUAAACAGCCAAUUUCCUUACCUUUUGAGAUGGGGCCAGGGCUAGGCUUGGGUUACAAUCGCCCCAACAGGCAAUACCUUCAUGAAGCAGACAACAUUCAUCAAGGAACUACAUCAGUAGAGGCAUCUCAGUAUCCUCAUUGGUCCUACCCCACUCACCAUCUCGCAUCACAGUUUUCACGCAUGAGUUUACAGGAUCCAGCACCGAAUAGAAGUCUCAACACAAUGUUUGGCAACAUGCAGCCACUCUCACCAGAAGCUGAAGAUGCAGUUCGUAAUGGCAUCGUUUCAGAGGGAGAAAUGUCCAGGACUGGUCCUGCUUACUACUGCAACUCUUGCAGGGUGCCACUGACGGGAGCCAGGCCCUUGGUGCAACAUGUAGAGGGCGAAAAGCACAAGAAGAAUGUCCUGGCUGCAUCGUAUAGGAGGGAACCUCAUAACAAGCUGUUUCCAAAUGUAAGGUUUCCUGAUUUGAAGACUGCAGACUCCAGGUCUCUGCAAGCACUCCCAUCAUCUACUAACCCAGAGGGGCCUCAAGACUUGAGGGGUAUGAACAGCGAGUCACCAUCUACUAACAAUGAGACAUCUCUGGCAGAUAGAAAAGUUGAAUUGCAAGAAACACGGCAACCCUAUUAUGAUACUGCAGCUCCUAGUCAGAAAAGCAUCCAUUCCCCUCUACCCUUUGAUCCAGGGCAGCUGGUUCUCAUUGAUCUGUCCUUUGGGAAACGUAAAGUGCCAGCUAUUCCUUGGGAUGGACCGUAUCUAGUACAAUCUUCAGAUGAGAAUGUUUGCUUGGUACAAAAAGGUAAUGGCAAAUGCAAGACAGUCCCCCGAGUAUACUGCAUACUAUAUACUCCUCAGUUACUGCACACUGGCAAUGAACACCUGCUACAGGAGCAGCAAGCUGAGUCACACAAUCUUGACUUGAGUGAUCCUCAAGUUGGACACACUUCAAAGACCAAAUCUGAACCAUUUCUUAAACCUCAGCCAAGCCUGACCAAGGAACUACCAACACUUUCCACUCUUGCUUUAGAUCCCUCACAAACAACACAGAAAUUCAUAAAAAAUUGCACUGUGAUACUUGGUGAAGAUGGAGAAAUGUUUGUUUGCUAUUUUGACGAAAGAAGUGCGAACAUGUGUAAACCUUCAAAACUAUACCACAGCCGAAGUACACAAACAGAUGUGGUACCAAUUAUUACAUGUGAUAUACAAGCAGAUGAUGCACAAGUUACCCUGGCACCUGCAUUGAGUCCCUAGAAAAAUAUUUACUUAUUUAUGGAUGAUCUUCACUUUAAGAUUUGAAGCAAGACACAAACACCAAAGAGGGAGAUUAAGUUAAUAUCAAAGAGAAAAUUCCUGCCUUUCUUAAAACGUAACUUCCUUAGGGAGUAAAGUCAUCAAAUCUUGAUAAAUUUUGGUCAUCAUACAACUGUCCUGUAUGUUCUGGAACAUCAGUCUGCAUACAUUUUUGUAUAUGUAUGAAUAAAUAACAUAUACAGUGGACCCUCGGGUAACGCCUUUAAUCUGUUCCAGAGAGCUAGCCUUUAGCCGAAUUAAUUUUCCCCAUAAGAAAUAAUCGAAAUCCAGUUAAUCCGUUUCAGACAGCCAAAAGUAUUAACAAAAAAUGUUAAUUUUAAAGAUUAAAUAUAAAUAUACAUACAGAAAACAGUGACAAAUAAAUAAAAAGCACUAAUGAAAUGCAUAAAUGAACAUUUAACAUAACACUUACUUUUAUUGACUUACCUUUAUUGACUUGACUUGUUGGUGUAUGGUAGACAUGUUGGAGGUAAGAGGAAGGCAAGAUUAUUAUGCUUAAAUAUGAUGCUAAUAUCAUCUCUACAGCUUAUUUAUCUAUCACAAUUCAUCUAAUAUGACAUUAUAAACGAUAUUAAUAACAUAGAAACAUGAUAUAUACUCUAGAAUGAAUAAAAUAUGUCAUAAUGUAUGUGAGGAGUAAAUGGUGUAAGUGUUAUGAGGGUCGCCACUGAGAGAAGUCAUACAUAGUGGUGGUGGAGGUGCCAGCAGAACCCACCAUCACUAUCACACUUAAACAAUGUAUGUAAUUUAUAAAUAAGAAAUAUUUACAUUUUAUUUUAUAAAUAAAUAUUCAUGUUUUAAUUUAUAAAUAAGAAAUAUUUACAUUUUAAUUUAUAAAUAAGUUUAGUCAGGUAUACACAAAUACAGUUACAUACAUAGAUUAUCAUACAUAGCAGCAUAUGUGUAAAGUACCUAGGAUAACCCAAAAAAGUCAGAGUGACUUACAUAUUUCCAUUGGGGUCAUUUUAUAUUUACACUUAUAUUUACCUUUAUACUUACAUUUUUAUAUUUACACUUACCUUGGAGAAGAUGUUAGUUUAAUUAGUUAAUUUGAUGGAGGAGAUGCUGGCAGAGGCUUAGAGUGGUGGAAGAUACGUAGCAAGGCAGCGUAUGUUCAGUGGCCCGAUACACAUUCAGCAACAUUGGAGAGUUACUUGUGUGUCGUUUUUCUAUCGCUUACUCACUUAACUUUCUUGCUACACUGUUAAUUCUACACUUUAUUGCUGGCUGGCACUAUAGCCUUUAUCGAUACCUGCUGCUUUAGUAUCGUACAUAUCGUAGAGUCACUGAAUCACUGCAGAAGACACAUUCACCCCUCUAUCUUCCUCCUCCACCUUGGUACUUUGCUACGAGUUUUUUCUUGAAUUUUAUUGUGUUUCUUUCCUCCUUUAUCACAGGGCUGACACUAGAAGCUUUCUUUGGGCCCAUGGUGGCUUAUUUAACAGUUACAAGCACUAAAAACAAUGGAAUAAUACAAAAUAUAUCGCAUGUAUUCAUAGUAUUGGCUAGCAUGACUGGGCUCGGGUGAGAGAAGACGUAUGUAGUGUCAUCUGCAAAUAGUGUGGGUUUGAGUAGUUGCAAUGCAUUUGGUAGGUAUUAAAACUCCCCUAUAAAAUGCACAGAAGUUGGCAAUUUGGCCAAUUUUACUCAAAUUUCAAAAAAUACCAAUUUAAAAAUAGAUUGCAAAAUAAACAGUGUGGACAUUCCUGUCACUAAAACAUUUCCUCUUUUCAUUAUCACUUCACAAAGCCUCUUGUAUACUAUUAUACUUGCCUUCCAUUUUGAAUUCAUAAUUACAAAAAUAGAAGAUUUUCUCUAUUGCCAGAUAAUAAAAUAUAACCAGGAAUAAUUGGUCAUGGUUUAUGGCAUCCCAGUACGUAAUUUAAUCAGACCUAUUAAAAAUCCAUAAAACAGACCAGGGGAUGUAGGGGGCAUUAACAGUCCUCGAGAACUGAAACCAACCAAUAUCAUAUCUAAUUUCAGUAGCAUGUCUUACAUUCUAUAAACUGUUACAAAGAAACAGCCAAUAAAACCAUAAAAACCAUCCUAGAAACCUCGAAGUCAGUUUUAAACCAAUCACACGGUCAGAGUUUUGCUUUUCCCAUCAUGCACUGCAUGGGACAGGAAUUUUGUUUUAUACUGUGUGUUCAUACCUUGCUAACCAUUUUUCUCAUAUAAAGGCCAAAAUUUACUGCUCAUAACCUAUCUGAGUGAACUGAGCUCAUGAUGUGGAACUAUGUGAUGGACUUUGGCCUCUCUGAUGUAGUUUUAAGUGAUGACCACUGUCUGUCAUGUAGAACUACAUUAUUGAAGUCAGGGGUCCUUCUUGUAGUUCUACGUCAUGAGUUCAGCUCACUUAGAUAAGCUAUAAGCAGUAAAUUUUGGCCUGUGCGGUGAGUGUGCACAGGGUAAAAAAAAAUUCUGCCCCAUGCAGUGGAUGAUCUGAAAAGCAAAACUCUGACCUUGUGUUUGGUAUAAAACAGUGACUUUGAGGUAUUUUCUAGGAUGGUUUUUUAUGAUUUUAUUGGCUGUUUCUUGGUAUUGAUAGACCCAAAAACAUACUACUGGAAUAAAGAUGAUUUUAAUUGGUUCCACUGCUGGAAGUAGCUUGAAAUCUGCCUCAAGGUAGCCAUUAUUCGAUUUUUGCCAAUAUUCCUGAGGACAUGUUAGGCCUCUCUUGCACUGGUCUGUUUUGUAGGAUUUUUACUAGGUGUGAUUCAGUUACUGAGACACUGUAAACAAUGGCAUUAUCCAAGAAAUAUGGUAAAUCUUCAAAUUUUUUGUGUGAUGAAUUCAAAAUGGAAGGCAAGUGUUAUAUAGGAGAAGCCUGGGGACAUGAUUAAUGAACAGAGGAAAUGUUAUUUUAGUGCCAGGAAUGUCUACAGUGUUUAUUUUGGAUUCUGUUUCUAGAUUGGAAUUUUUUUAAUUAUGCAUAAAAUUGGCCAAAUUAAAAACUUCUGUGCACUUUAUAAGGCAGUGUUGGUAAUUGAAUGGAAGGUUUCUUGUAUUCAAUCAAUAGAACAGAAGGCAUAGUAGUGAAAUACCUAAGAAUUCGGUCAAAAUUUGUAUUUUUGGUGCCAUUAACUUCAGAAAAAAAAAAAUUUUCAUGUCAGUAGACAAAAAUAUUUUUUUUAAAUGUGGACACUGAGCACUUUUAAUUUUAGCAAUUUAAACAGCGAAAGGGUUAAUGUAUCUGGGGUGGUCUUACGCGGUCAUCCAGUGUCUUUUCCUCUGAUGAGGUUGUCUGUCCCACCAGAAUCCACAAAACAUUUCACUUCAAAUAAAUAGCAAAAAGGCACAAUAGUGUGACUGGAACAAUACACAAAUAACCCGCACAUAGGAGAGGGAAAGAGGAGCACUGCAAGGGAGAUAGGGGCCCCUGGCUCCCUUGCAGUGCUCCUCUUUCUUAGUUUUUGACUGACUCCACUACUAUUACUACCCCCUCUACCACUACCUCUCUUCUUCCUUUCCUACUACCUCUUUUGUCCCGUCCCUGUCUUCUGGCCUAUAUAUACUCCCUCCUCCACUCCUUUUUGUUAGUGUGACUUUGUAAAUGGUCCAAGUCGGACUGAAACGUCGUCGUAAGCUCCUCCCUCCUAUGUGCAGGUUAUUUGUGCAUUUCACUUUGCUGCACAUUCCUCAGUGUUACUCCUGUUGGGUUACAGAUAGCUUUGUUGGGAUUCUCUUCCUUGUGUAGGGCAAUAAUAUAUUUAUUUAUUUAUUUAUUUACAAUUUGAGCACACAUACAGAGGUAUAAAAAAAUUCAGAUAAGAGCAGCAUGCCAAAGCCACUUAUACUAUGCAUAGCAUUACGGGCUGGCUUAAAAUUAACUUAAGAUUAACUA